AUGGGAUUAUUAUAUACUAAAAUUGUUGAACUAUACCAGCCAAAGCAUAAUAUCCUCAUGUUAGGUUUAGACGGUGCAGGAAAGUAUUUAUUAAUAUUAUUUUAUUUCAAAACAAAGACUACUAUAGUAUUUAAUAUAGAAAUCCUUGGAGAAGUUAAUAUACUUUUUACGACUUGUGUUGAAACAGUUGAGUAUAAGAAUCUAAGUUUUACAUCUUGGGAUAUUGGUGGACAAAAAAAGGUUUGUGACUUAUGGAGACACUAUUUCUAUAAUACCAGUGCUGUUGUUUUCGUUCUGGAUGCAACCGAUCAUGAGCGAAUCAAUGAUGUACAAGAAGCUAUUUCAAGUUUAAUCAGUGAAGAAUCAUUGAUGGGAGUCAGUCUAUUGAUUCUACUUAACAAACAAGAUAAACCAAAUGCUAUGAACCCUGAACAACUAAUAGAAACAUUGAACCUAAACGAUAUAAAAGAUAGAAAGUGGUAUGUUCAACCAACCACCGCUAUAACAGGCGCUGAUUAUUAA